AUCGUCCCGUCGGGCACAGUGUCGCACACAGUGAUAUCGCCAGGGAAUCACACGAAACCGAUCGAUCCUGUUUGUGGAAAUUGAUUGAUUUUUCCUGAUCGCGCAUCGUUCAAAGAUGAAGACAAUUUUCGCCGUUACCUGCCUUUUGGCCGCCGUGACUGUUGUGCGUGGUAUGGACCAGGACGCUGUAAUAGGAAAAUACAUGGAAUACUUGAUGCCAGAUAUCAAACCAUGCGCUGAUCAAUUUAACAUCGCAGAAGAGACUGCCUCGAACAUACAACAAGCAGCAGCAGCAGCUGAUAUGAGACAAAUGGGUUGCCUGAAAGCAUGCGUAAUGAAACGAAUGAACGUGUUGCAAGGCACCACCUUCAAUGUGGAACCGAUAUACAAGAUGAUCGAAGUGAUUCACGCUGGCAACGAUGAGGAUAUUAAAUUAGUGAAAGGAAUCGCGGUCGAAUGCGGUGAUAACCUCAAAGGAGAAACGGACGAGUGCAACAUCGGUAACAAAUAUACAGACUGUUACGUACAGAAGAUGUUCACCUAACAAGGCAGACGACCAAAAACCGUUCGUCGAAGACCGCUGAGUUGUAAUCAUUAUAAUGAUAUUACACUUUGAUUGAUGAAAUGAUGUAACAGAUACGGCUCGUGCACGCUUUCGUUGUUAACUUCAUAAGUAUUCACCGAGCCAUCGAUGCACGCGUGUUAAUUCUUUUUAUUACUAGUGAUGCAGUUGAAUAAUAAACAAUCGUUCCAUGACAAAAACUGUCUCGAUGAUCGAAACACCAUCCUAACGAAUGUCUUACAAUUUUUAUAUGCAGUAUUAUUUCAGGCUCUGCAUUUUAUUUUCGUAAGAUUCCCACGGGAUCAAAUUGUUGUUCCAUUUCCACCAAAUAAUUAUUUCAAACAAAAA